CAGAGACAAGAAAUGAUCGAAGGCGUCUUCAAUAUGCGGUGUAGCUUCAUAACUAAACAGCAACAGUUUUAAUAUGAACGUUAAACCGGUCAGUACGCAUUGAACAUUUUUUUAAAUCUAUUUUAAUUCUCCUUCAGCAGCUUUCGUAUAUAGAAGAUCGAGAUGUAUGCUAAAUUGAUUCUCAUCCCGAUCCUUCUGAUUGGAUCAUGUGCGGCCCAAACAGAUUUGAACGAUCUCAUUUCUUCAAUAUUUAACACAAGUGCAGGCACACCCGACACCAGAGACAAGCUGCCACCCUUGGUGAUCAGUCCUACACCAAAUCCAGCUACACAAAGGCCAGUUACGCUUGCUCCGAUUCCACUGACACCUGUCGGUGGCCAUUCGUACAAACCAUGUGGACCCGGCAUGGAAUGUGUUCGUGAAUAUCUUUGUUCUAAUGGAAAAGUCAACAAAGAUGGUGCAACUUUGAUUGAUAUUCGUAUUGAUGAUCAAUCUUGUCCCUUCUUGGAAACCUGCUGUGCUACUGGUGAUAAGGUUGAUAAUCCAAUUAUCAGACCAGCCGAACCACCAUCUGGUUGCGGUUAUAGAAAUAUUGAGGGAAUUGGUUUCAAAAUCGAGGGAGCUGCCGAUAGUGAGGCUGAAUUCGGUGAAUUCCCAUGGAUGGUGGCAGUUUUACGUGAAGAAGCUGCUCUUGAUAAAAUUCUAAACGUCUAUCAAUGUGGAGGUUCUUUGAUUACCCCUCAGGUUGUUUUGACAGGAGCUCACUGUGUGCAAGCCCGUCAAGCCAAUAACUUCAAAGUGCGAGCUGGAGAAUGGGAAACUAACACAAAAACCGAAGUCUAUCCCGAUCAGGACAGACAAGUCGUUGAAAUGAUUGUUCAUGAACAUUACAAUAAGGGAAGUUUGUACAACGAUGUAGCACUACUCUUCCUCGACAAACCCUUCGAUGCAGCACCAAAUGUUGGUAACGUGUGCUUGCCACCAGCUACCCAAAACUUCGAUAUGUCACGUUGUUUCGCAACAGGCUGGGGUAAGGAUCAAUUCCAAAACGGACAAUACCAGAACAUUUUGAAGAAAAUCGAAUUGCCAGUCGUGCCAAAUGCCAAGUGUCAGGAAAACCUAAGAAAUACCCGUUUGGGAAAAUUCUUUGAACUUCAUUCGAGCUUUAUGUGUGCCGGUGGUGAAAAGGGCAAGGAUACUUGUAAGGGCGAUGGUGGUUCACCAUUGGUUUGUCCAAUGCCCAACGAACCCAAUCGUUACUUCCAGGCUGGUAUUGUAGCUUGGGGUAUUGGAUGUGGUGAUGAAAAUGUUCCAGGGGUGUAUGCUAAUGUUCCAAAAUUGCGUUCAUGGAUUGAUGAACAAUUGGCUUAUAAGAGAAUCGAUCCAGCUACUUUUACGCCAUAAAAGUCAUUAUACUCAAUCAAAUACAUGUGAUUUUAUGAACAAAAUAAAAAUAAACUUUGUCCCUAAA